AUGUUUGAAAAUUUUGGUAAAGUGCUGUAUGAACGUGGGUUGUAUGAUCUAGUAAAAGUCAAGCCGGGUUUGGAGUACAUUGCUAGGCACAUCAAAUUUCAGUCGAGGGAAAAGUGGUGCAAGAAUGAGUUUGUGAUCUCCGUGAGCGAGUCAGCUGAUGAGUUCAAGUGCGAGUGUGGGACAUUCGAGCACUAUGGAAUGGUUUGCAGCCUUCAGGUCAUGAUACACCUGAAAUUGCAUGAGCUCCCUGCGAAGCAUGUGCUCAAGCGAUGGGCUACAGAUGCAAGAGAUAUACUAUCGCCAGAGUAUCUGCGCUACCAAAAGGAUCAUGGACCGCUGAAGUAUUCUUCUAGUCGACGCAACACUUUGUACCUUCUAGUGCUUGAUACCAUUAAGUUAGGCGACAGCAAUGUGGAAGCAUGUGUACUUGUUAUGGAGAAAAUGCGAGAUGUCAAAGUGCUGGUCGAGCCAAUUGCCGCUGAGGGAUGGGCUUGGUUUGUCUGA